UCAACCCAAUACCUAAGUGAAAGGCAUCCUUCAGUGUCACAUCUGCACCUUUCUGAAGAUGUUUCAGAUUCGAGUCUUCUGUCUACUGCUGUGCUUCAGCAUCACCCAGCAAGCAGAAACAGAACCCACCUUUGAAGAACAAGGAGGAGUAGCUCGUGGUCCUAGAGUGGUGGAGCAUAAAUCUCAGGCUGGUUGCAAACAAGAAAAGGCUUGGCCAAUAUGCACUGAUGAAGACUGGGGCACCAAAUGUCCCUCAGGAUGCAGGAUGCAAGGACUGAUCCAUGAAAUGGAUCAAGACUUUACUGACAGGAUUGCCAAAAUUAAGAAACUACUCUCAGACAAUCAAGAAAGCUACAAGUCAUCAAAUAUUCUGAAACAGGAAAUCACUACCAUUUUGGAAAGAAAUUUGGUUGAUGAACAACGGUUAGAUGAGAGCUAUGGGCAAACAACUGAUGAUUUGAGAAGGAGAAUUGUGACACUGAAACAGAGAGUCGUCAACCAUGUAAACAGGAUUAAAUCCAUGCAAAGCACUAUCGAGAAUCAAGUUGGAGAGAUUAAACGUUUAGAGGUGGACAUUGAUAUUAAACUACGUGGCUGUAAAGGAUCUUGUGCUCGAGUUCCCAACUACAACGUGGACAUGGGGAGCUAUGACACAAUACAGAAGCAACUUGUACAAACUAAAAGCAUCAACAUUCAAUCGGAAUUGGAAAGUAAACCCUUAAAAGUGCUGAAAAUAAGACCACUGAAGGACUCUGUUCCUAGCCACUUUAAAACUGGUCCUCUGUCACAACAAGAAGCCCGUGUGCUUGAUUAUAUAAAAGUGAUGGAAGUAGUAGUGGAAGAUUCUGGGUUGGAGUCCAGAGGCUCCCCAGUUGUUGUGUCCAGACCAGAAACAGCUGGGCAACCUCACACUGGCAAGCUAGUCACUACUACUACUACCGAUGAAGGGGGUAGCUCUGACAUAAGAAUAGUCAGACCUGGUACGCAUACCCUAACGUGCAUCAAAACAAUUACCAAAAAGGUUAUCCAAGGCCCAGAUGGUACGAGAGAAGAGAUUGCCGAACACUAUAGAACUCCCGAAGGUGGAGAAUGUUCCCACACCGGAGACUUUGAAAAAGGAGCAGGUGGCUCCACCUACUAUAGCAAACUGACCACUGGUGGUAGUGCUGUUGGUGGUAAUGUUGGUGGAGGAGGAAGUGGCUUACCUGACUUGUCUUCUCUGCACCCAGAUGCAAAAGAAUUUUUUAGCUCAGCUUCUGGAGGCAGAGUCCAUACUCUCGAAACACACCAUAGCACAGGAACAGUUGGAAGACCAGACUUCUCUGACCUAGGUGAAGGAGAAGAAGAGGACUUGUCGAGGUUUGACCAUUCUUCCCCUGUAUUUGAGCCUAUGGCAAGUGGAGGCUCAACGCAUUCCAAGACAGCUGUUUCCGGCGGCUCGACCUAUUCCAGGACAGUCGUGUCUGGCAGCAGUAGUAGUAGUGCCUUCAACAAAGGGGGCUCUACUUUUGAGACCAAGUCAAUCAAAAUCCCACUAUUACAGGGGGAGCUAGAAGGGGUGCUACAUGAUCAGAGUGGAGAGGAUAACCCUGAUUUUCGGGCACGCAGCUCGAACACGGGAGGAGUGAAGCAGGGGGAAAGCUCCAUCAGGACAGACUGUGAGGAUAUCCGCCAAAAACACACUUCUGGUACUCGAAGUGGUCUUUUCAAAAUCAAGCCAGCAGGAUCCUCUAAGGGUUUUUCAGUUUAUUGCGACCAAGAGACCACUUUGGGAGGAUGGCUUCUGAUCCAACAGAGAUUGGAUGGGUCAUUGAAUUUUAACCGGACCUGGGACGACUACAAGAAAGGUUUUGGUAAUGUGGAUGGCAAAGGAAAAGGAGAGUUCUGGUUGGGCAAUGAAAAUCUUCAUAUGUUGACCCAGAAGGACUCUGUCCUUCGGGUUGAAUUAGAGGACUGGGAAGGGAAUGAAGCUUAUGCAGAAUAUAAUGUGCAGAUAGGCUCUGAAUCAGAAGGUUAUAAGCUCAUCAUCUCAAAUUAUGAAGGGACUGCUGGGGAUGCUUUGAUCAAAGGCUCAGAGGAAGGUGGUAGUCAAUACACAGCUCACGCUAAUAUGACAUUCAGUACAUUUGACAGAGACAGUGAUCAGUGGGAGGAGAACUGUGCUGAGAUGUAUGGGGGUGGAUGGUGGUACAACAACUGCCAAGCCGCUAAUCUCAAUGGGAUGUACCAUUCAGGAGGUCAGUAUGACCCAAGGAACAAUGUUCCAUAUGAGAUUGAAAAUGGGGUGAUUUGGGUACCCUUCAGGCCAUCAGAUUAUUCUCUGAAAACAGUUAGAAUGAAAAUUCGGCCUGUAGAGACAGAAUAGAUCCCAAAACAAAGACCCCCCCCUUACAAAAAACCCCCCAACCUUCCAAAAGAAUAUAUUCCUCAACAUUCUGUUUUGUGUGUGUGUCAUUUUUACCUAAAGCAACUGAGAGAAAUCUGCCUGUUUAAAUUAAAUAAACAAUUCUAAUUGAAAAAAA